ACACAACACAACACAACACAACACAACACAACACAACACAACACAACACAACACAACAUAUAAGAACACAUGGAUGUGGACUAAGACCAGAAAAACAGAUUUUAAACAUCUUUUACUGAUUUAUCAACUCUUUUCUUCUGAGCUAUGAAGCAUUUUCAUCUGUUUCUAUUAAAGGUCUUUCAGAGUGUUUCUUUACACAUCCUGACGUUUGUCUGUCAGCACUUCUUUUACGAGUCAAAAUUAAUGAAGGAGAUCCAUAUUUAAUCUCAUCUUCUCUUUCUGUCUUUUCUCCUCAUGUUGAUGAUCAAAAUAAGACCAAAGAAGAGAAGAAGAACGAUGAGGUGAAGAAUAAUCUCAUGGAUGAAGGGAGAGAAACUCAAACUGCAGCACUUUUUAAUACAAUGUUAAUUACAAAUAAAAUAUGAACCAAAAACUAUUUAGUUCAUAACAAUGAGUGUAAUACAUUAAAUCUCUCUUAAUCUCUUCUUUCUUUUUCCAGUUAAUGAAGCAGAUCAACCAAGAAGAGGAACAACAACAAGAGAAAAGUCAAAAUGUCAAAGAGCAGCUGGAAACCAACAACACAGAGAACAACAGCAGCUCAGACAGUCAGGAGACGUCAGGAGACAUCGAUGUGGUGGUUAAUGACAACUACAAGUUUAUCUGUCUAAGAAACGAGUCUGAUCAGGACAAACCACUGGGAGGACGUCAGUUAAAAGUCCAGAUCAACAAUAGUGAACCCAUCACAUACACAUUUGAUCUAUCAGUGGACGUCAAGGCUGGAGAGUCUGUUACUUUAUACGGUCCAGACUAUGACGAGAGUUUUGCUGGCCCUGGUGACCUGGUGUGGGAGGAGCUGAAGUCCUGGAUGCCUGGAGACAGAGUCCAGGCCUCUCUGCAGUGAAAUAGUUCCCAGUUGAACUCCUUCAAUAAAGUUCAGUAAUCCAGCAAACAGCAACAUUAUAGAUGAGAAACAGCACGACUCAGAUCUUCCUGCA